CUUCGCUAGUUGGCUCCUACUUUAUUGCUUUUAAGGCUCUCUCUCUCUCUCUCUCUCUCUCUCUCUCUCUCUUUCUCUCCGCCGGUCCUCAGACAACCAUGUCUCUCCACCUCAGGUGUACCACCAUUUCAUCUUCGUCAGUGACAGAUUUUCCAGUACAAAGAUCAAAUGAAGCGAAAAAAGGCAAUGCUUCCUCUUUGAAUUUUGAGGAGACAAAAGACAAAAUCGAAAGUAUGUUCAAUAAGGUUGAACUCUCAGUUUCCUCCUACGACACUGCCUGGGUGGCAAUGGUCCCUUCUCCGAGUUCUGCACGGGACCCCUUUUUCCCUCAAUGUGUAAAUUGGUUACUGGAGAAUCAACACUCCAAUGGCGCGUGGGGUCUUCCUCAUCACCAUUCCUUGCUCAUGAAGGAUGCUUUGUUAUCUACUUUAGCAAGUGUCCUCGCAUUGAAACAAUGGAACGUUGGUGAAGAACAAAUAAACAAAGGCCUACAUUUUAUUGAGGCAAAUCUAGCUUCAGUUACUGAUGACAAGCAAUAUUCUCCUGUUGGAUUUGAAGUCAUAUUUCCCACUAUGAUUGAAUAUGCUAAGAAUUUGGAUCUGAAUUUUUCUAUGGAACCCUCAAAUUUUGAUGCCCUGAUCCAUAAAAGAGAGCUGGAACUUAAGAGUGCCUAUGGAAGCAAUUCGGAGGGACAGAGAGCGUACUUAGCAUACAUUUCAGAAGGGAUCGGAAAGUCAGUGGAUUGGGAGGCGGUUAUGAAGUACCAAAGGAAAAAUGGUUCCCUGUUUAAUUCACCUUCCACCACAGCGGUUGCUUUUACAAACCUCAAGAAUGCUGAUUGUCUUAAGUACCUGUGCUCCGUCUUAGAAAAUUUUGGAAGUGCAGUUCCAGCGGUAUAUCCUUUAGAUAUGUAUGUCCGUCUCUUGAUGGUCGACAAUCUUCAAAGGUUGGGAAUUGACCGGCAUUUCAAAGAAGAAAUCCGAAGUGUACUGGAUGAAACAUAUAGGUUGUGGCUGCAAGGGGAGGAGAGCAUACUUUUAGAUAGUUCCAUUUGCGCAAUGGCAUUUCGUUUGUUACGUAUUAGUGGAUAUGAUGUAUCUUCAGACCCAUUGACUCAAUUCUCGGAAGAUCACAUUAUCGAUUACCUUGGUGGACAUAUGAAGGACAUUGGUGCUAUCUUAGAAAUAUUUAGGGCAUCGGAGAUCAUCAUACAUCCGGAGGAAUCUGACCUCGAGAAACAAAAUUUAAGGACAAGUAGUUAUCUAAAACAAGAACUAUCUAGUAUUUCCACCAACGCAGAUCACAAACUCAAUAAAUACAUUUGCCAGGAGGUAAAUGACGCUCUUAAGAUGCCAUACUAUGCGAACUUGGGACGACUGUCAAGCAGGAGAGCCAUAGAGCAUUAUGAGACCGAUAGUAUGAAGAUUCUGAAAACUUCUUAUCGUUCUUCAAAUGUCCGCAACAAAUAUUUCCUUGACUUAGCAAUUGAAGAUUUCAACAUGUGCCAGUCAAUACAUCGUGAGGAACUCAAAAAUCUUUCCAAGUGGGUUAUAGAGAAUAGAUUGGACAAGCUAAAGUUUGCCAGGCAGAAGCUGGCAUACUGUUACUUUUCUGCUGCCGCUACCCUUUUUGCUUCUGAAUUAUCGGAUGCACGCAUUUCGUGGGCUAAAAAUGGCGUCCUCACAACAGUGGUUGAUGAUUUCUUUGAUGUUGGAGGUUCAGAAGAAGAACUUUUAAACCUCAUACAAUUGAUGGAAAAGUGGGAUGUCAAUCUGAGUGUUGAUUGUUGCUCCAAGCAAGUUGAAAUUAUCUUUUCAGCACUUCAUAACACAAUUUCUGAAAUCGGAGCCAAAGCAGUCGUGCUGCAAGGACGUAGUGCGAAAAAUCACGUAAUUGAGAUUUGGCUGGAUUUGCUGAAAUCCAUGUUGAGAGAAGCUCAAUGGACGAAAUACAAGUCUGUGCCAACAAUCGAUGAGUAUAUGACAAAUGGAUACGUCUCAUUUGCCCUAGGACCCAUAGUCCUUCCAGCUCUUUACUUUGUGGGGCCUAAACUUUCCGACGACGUUGUAGGACAUCCCGAGCUCCAUCAUCUAUAUAGACUGAUGAGCACUUCCGGACGUCUUCUCAACGACAUUCAAGGUUUUAAGAGAGAAUCCAAGGAAGGUAAACUGAAUGCUGUAUCACUAAGCCUAAUUCAUGGUUCUGGGUCAGCUACCGAAGAAGUGACCAUCAAUGAAAUGAAGAGUAUUGUGAAGAGUCAGAAGAGAGAACUGCUGAGACUAGUUUUGCAGGACAAGGACAGCAUAGUCCCGAGGGCUUGCAAGGACUUGUUCUGGAAAAUGAGCCAAGUUUUGCACCUAUUUUACGCCAAUGAUGAUGGUUUUACCUCAAACGAGAUGAUCAAUGUCGCAAUGGGGGUACUUGAAGAACCCGUUGUUCACCUUGAUAUGUAAAUCUGCGUAGUUUGAUCAUCCUUUUCAUUUGAUAACAUGGUAUGAGGUUAGCGGUUUUGCAUUUAAAUUCCUUUUAGAGCUUCAUAAUAAAAUGGUCUCUUUCUUGUGGAUAUUUUCAAAAAGAAAUAAAGAGUAUAUUUCUUCUUGUUUUCA